GAAGCCAUCAUCAUCCUGGCGGCGCACUCUCGAUCUCGCCGGUCGAGCGGCAUAAGCCAGUUUUAUAGUUUCUUCGCGGUGUUCUGCGAUAUCGUUGCUGCCCAGUGCCUUGAUACACACGUGACGAUGAUGAGGUGGAUGCUUUGCCUACCGCUGCUGGUAGCGGCCCUAGCCGCGGUGGCGAGCGCGAGGAGCGAGAAAAAAGUCAUCUUCACGAUGUGCGUGCCGGAGAUCUACUGGGACGACUGCCUGCAGAUGAAGGUUGACUCGUCGAAGAAGGGCAUACCGAUAUCCUGUAUCUCCGGGCGCGAUCGGUUCGAGUGCAUCGACAAGGUCGGCCGCAAGGAAGCCGACAUCGUCGCCGUCGAUCCCGAGGACAUGUAUCUGGCGGCCAAGCACGAGCUCGCCUCCAGGGCGCAGUACAACAUCGUCGAACAGAUCAGAACGAAGGAAGAGCCGCAGGCGAGCUACCGGUACCAAGCGGUGGCGGUGGUGCACAAGAGCCUGAAGAUCGACAGCCCGAAGGGCCUGCGGGGCCUCAAGUCCUGUCACACCGGAGUCGGUCGCAACGCCGGCUACAAGAUACCCCUGACCAAGCUCUCGAGCUUGGGUAUACUCCCCGAGCUCAACAGCCCCGAGUACUCCUCGCGGGAGAACGAGCUGCGGGCUCUGAGUUCCACCUUCAGCAAAGCUUGCCUGGUGGGCACCUGGUCGCCUGAUCCUGCCAUCAACCAGCGGCUCAAGGAGACCUACAGCAACCUGUGCGCCCUAUGCGAGAAGCCCGAAAGCUGCGACUAUCCCGACGCGUACAGCGGUUACGAGGGAGCGCUGCGCUGCCUGGCCGAGAACGGUGGCGACGUCGCCUGGACGAAGCUCACCUACGUCCGCCGAUUCUUCGGUCUAGCCGGCGCCAAGCCGACCAACGACGCGAUCCACCACAGCGACAACUCGUCGGCGACCAGCACCACCAGCAAAGUCCCGGUCAAAGCCAAGCCGAGCGAGUACAGGUACUUCUGUCCGGACGGUACGAAGCUGCCCAUCGACGAGAAGACCAAGCCCUGCACCUGGGCGGACAGACCUUGGCAGGGCUACAUGAGCAACGGCGGCGUAGCCGACAUCGACGCCGUGCAGAAGGAACUGACGCAACUGGGCAAGCUGGGCGAGGACAAGAAGACGAGCUGGUGGAGGAACCUGAUGCUGCUGAACGAGAAAACCCUGGCCGUCGCCACGUCGCCGAUCGAUCCAGCCCAGCACCUCAAGAUCGCCAAGUACAUGGACGUGGUCGAGCGUAACUUCGGCGCACCCGAGCGCAGUGCUCGCUGGUGCGUCCACGACUCGAAGGCCCUCGAGAAAUGUCGCGCCCUCUCGAAAGCUGCUUUCUCACGGGACGCGAGGCCGAGGUUCGACUGCAUCCUCCAGCAGGACGAGGAGAGCUGUCUCAAAGCUUUGCGGGACGAGGGGGCCGAUCUGCUGAUAAUGCCCGGUGAGAAGGUCGCAGCAGCGAUCAAGGAGUACAAUGUCAAGCCGAUCGUCGCCGAGGCUUACGGGCCGGGUUCGACCGAGUUCAGCGAGAGGCCGGCCGUCGCCGUCAUCAAACGCGGCAGUUACAUCAAGUCCCUGCGUCACCUCAAGGGCAAGAACUCGUGUCACAGCGGCUACCGAGGCGACUUCGCCGGCUGGAUAGCGCCGGUGCACGCCAUGAAGAACGUCCACCUGAUCAGCUCGGAGGAGGAGAUGGGCGAGUUCUUCGUGAAGUCGUGCGUCCCCGGAGCCGAGCGGGACUCGUCACUCUGCAGUCUCUGCAUCGGGAAUCUCGCUUCCAAGGACGAGCAGCUAGCCGAGGUCACCAAGUGCAGCUCCACCGAGGCGGAAGACUACAAAGGCGGACACGGAGCUCUCAAAUGUUUGCUGGACGGCAAGGGCCACGUAGCCUUCAUACCCCUCAGUGCUCUCAAGCAAGCAGAAAACACGACCAAGAGCUCGGAGUUCAACCUGGUCUGUCCCAACGGCGGAAUAGCGCGGGUGGACGACUGGCAGCGUUGCAACCUCGGCCUGGAACCUCCGCGAGUCGUGGUGAGUUUUGCCGGCAAAUCGGCGAACUCUCUCGAGGAACUGACCCACGGCGUGCUCGACGCCAGUAGCCUCUUCGCCGAGGAACCGGACCUCUUCCGACUCUUCGGCAGCUGGUCCGGACGAUCCAACGUUCUCUUCAAGGACGAGACGAGAAAACUGGUAUCCAUCGACAAUUCCUGGAACCACUGGAAGCAGUGGGCCGCGAUUCAACGGGACUACGAGUACUGACUCGACGACGGAUGCUUCUUACCUAUACAUCGAAUUUCUCAUUUUGCACAAUUAAAGUCUGAUAAAUAAAAUCUCAUACAUUCGUAA